AUACGUGAUGCUUUUUUGGGGGGUGGACCUGUUUGGAUCGCACGUUUACGCACGAAACUUAAGAAGUGGAGUUCAUCUGAGAGUGUAGAGGAUUGUCACCUUUUUCCUUCACUUUCUUUUAAGGAUAAACGCUGCCGGUAUGUUUUUAUUCUUGUACGGAUUGUUAUGUUUCUGCGCUCUGGGUUGUGGUCAACUAACGAGCGGCCAACCGGACGAUGGAAAGCGGUACAUCUGCCGGGCGGUCCCCCUCAGCGGCGAUGCCAGCUGCCCUGUGACAUUGUUACCCGAGCUAAACACCGGGGGACAGGAAGAGGAGCUAAGAAACACAGUCAUGCAGCUCCGAGAGACGAUAUUACAACAGAAAGAAACGAUUUCUAAACAGAUCGGCACCAUCAACGAGCUGACAACCAAGCUGUCCCUCUGCGCCUCAGCCAGCGACGACAGGGAGUACGGCAAAGGAGGAUCGUGGGGUAAAGAAAAGCAAAACACAAUGGGAGAUGUUCCCAGAGAUCCAAACGACACAAUCGACAGUCUUGGAAAAACCAUGCAGGGGCUCAAGGACCGGCUGGAGAACUUGGAGCAACAGCAAAUGAGGGCCAACAUAUCAGGCGCCUCAUUCCCCAGUGAGCUCCGUGACCUGCUGCAGCGUCGCCUCGGGGAGCUGGAGAAACAGCUACUGAAGAAAGUCAGCAACUUGGAGCAGGAGAAGAGCAUGCUGUCCAACGCAACGGCUGCCUACAGGUUGAAAACAGAGAGCACCCUGAACGCCCUGGUGGAGAGGAUCAGUGAGCUGGAGAAAGGGGGAGGAGACUUUAAAUCCCCGGAACAAUUUAAGCUAUCACUCCCCCAGCGGACCAACUACUUAUACGGCCGCAUCACCAAGAGCCUCCCAGAGAUGUACGCCUUCACACUCUGCAUGUGGAUCAAGUCCAGUGCCAGUCCUGGCAUUGGGACGCCUUUCUCCUACGGCGUACCAGGGCAGGCAAAUGAGAUUGUGCUGAUAGAAUGGGGAAACAACCCAAUUGAGCUGCUCAUCAAUGACAAGGUUGCCCAGCUGCCCCUGGAGGUACGUGACGGCAGGUGGCACCACAUCUGCAUCUCCUGGACCACACGGGACGGCCAGUGGGACGCUUACCAAGACGGGGAGAAGCUGGGAACCGGCGACAACCUGGCGGCCUGGCAUCCCAUCAAACCUGGAGGAGUCAUCAUCCUGGGGCAGGAGCAGGACGUGGUUGGUGGGCGCUUUGACGCCGGACAGGCUUUCGUGGGCGAGCUGAGUCAGGUGAACAUUUGGGACCGCGUUCUGAAGCCGGUCGAGAUCCAGUCUAUGGCCAACUGCACUUCUUACAUCCCCGGGAACAUCAUCUCCUGGCUAGCGAGCAAUGUUGAAGUCUUCGGGAGGGGAGCGUUCAAACGGCCGUUGGAGAUGUGUCAGGAGCGGCUGCCCAACGCUUAGAUAUCAAUGUUUCCAUCCAUUCACCAUUAAAAAAAAACAAAGUCUGCUCUCACUGUAAGGCAGAUUAUGGACUUUAUUUUACAGAUGGAUGUGUAAUAAUGUUGUUUCAUCUGCUUUGCACAAGAGGUGGGAUUUCUAAAAACAAAAAAAGCUCCAAAGCUUACUCUGACGUUGCAGCUGUAACAGUUUGACGGUUAGACAUGUAGCAUUGAAUGUGGAAACACACCGAAGUGCAAAUGUGGGUCUAUAUGAGCACAAUCGGAUUUCCAGCGGCGAUCUGAGAGCUCUUUACUGACGUGUACCAUGAUUAAGGUACUUUACUCCAUAAUAAUAUCCCCCACAGGUAUUAGAGCUAAGACCCCCUUCUCACAGUCUCCCACACACUCCUCCCUCCGCAUUUUAAAACCCUGAGGUGAAGAAAAUCCCCACUUCAGCCCUGCGCAGACACACGCUACUACCCCGAAGACCGACUCCGCCGCUGACAUGUGAGGCGGUGCUGCGUGAGAGUCAGUAACAGGAUAGAUUAAAGGUCUGGCUAAUGUUAUGUCUCUUCCUUAACCAGGCAAUGGGCUUAGAGCCAACAUCAAUCAAACCUCCGAUCCUGACACGUUCAGUCGUCGAAGGCGGGGGGGAAAUAACCCCGGUCCCCUGUCUGUUAUGCGGCUGAUAGAUGAAGCAUGCGUGCAGUAGAUCUGAUUCUCCGUUUAGAAACGCUGGUGAUUUGGUUUUGCGGCUUGCAUAGUGAAAACCUUGUUAGGAAGCGACAUUUGCAUGCACAUCUGACACCAGUGAGUCUAUCACAGUGCUUUCUCCCCGGGCCUUUUCCAUUUGAAGAAAACGGUGAAUCAUGCUGAAAAUAUAUUCAUAGCAUCAAUGUUGUGAAAUAUUUUUACUCGUGAUUUGUGUUGUUGUUAGUGGAUCGUCGAUUGUACCAGACAUUCAGAAAAAAAUCGUCAAGCAUGUAUUUUGAAUGCACUUGUACGUUUAUAGAGUAUUUUUCCAUCAUAUAGUGUCUCCGUCCGGGAAAAAAAAAGUAGUUUUUUAUGUUGCCAGUCCGUAUAGCACAUGUAAAAGGUGUUGUCAGCGCUGUCCUGUUGCCUUCUUCUAAAUGCUUAAGUGCCAUUAAAUGUUUUCUAAGUGUUAAAAAAAUUAUUUGCUUUGCCAAAAAAAAUGGAAAUGUGAAAAAUAAAUAAAACAA